CCACCAUUCAAUUGAUCAGUCACUUCGUUACGUGGAGAACGACGUCGCUAUCUCCCGCACAGUCGAAGCGCCUCUUGAUAACAGGACCUGAGUACCUUACUUCUCAGCCUCUAUCUCCAAAUAUCCUCAAUAUGCCACCGAAACCUGAAUCCCUGGGCGGCAUUCUUGUCGGCGGUACCCUUUACGCUGUCGCUGUGACAGGCCUCGCCAGCUUGUUACCUCAAAAAGACACUAAAAAAGACAUUAAAGAGGACAACAAAGAAGACAACAAACAUCCUGAACGAAAUAAGGCCGCCGCUCAGGAUUCUUACGCCUACAAGAUUUAUAAGAUUAACCCCGAGAAAGGAGAGGAGGCCGAGCCGCGUAGAGUCAAAGCAAAGCCAUUCAUAUUGACUGAGCAAGAUCGUAUGCAAGGAGAGAGCUUAUUGAAGGAUUGAGGCGAUGUACAGACAGUUGAAUAGUUAGGCAAGAUUACAGUAAUUAAUACAAACAAUACAAC